CGGGCGGGGCAGGCCCGGGAGUUGUUGGAGGCUACGGCGGCUGUGCAGUUCUGUUGAAAAUGGAUGAUUCGGAGACAGACUUCAACUUGAAGGUCGUCAUGGUCAAUUUCAAGCAGUGCCUCAAUGAGAAAGAGGAGAUCCUAAUGGACCACUACCUCAGUGGCUGGUGGGGGCUGGUGAAGUUUCUGAACAGUCUGGGCGCCAUCUUCGCAUUCAUCUCCAAGGACGUCGUGGCAAAGCUGCAAAUUAUGGAGCGGCUUCGCAGCAGCCCACACGGGGAACACUAUGCCAGCCUGCAGUCCAUGGUGGCCUAUGAGGUGGGCCACCAGCUGGUGGACCUGCAGCGGCGUUCACGCCACCCCGACUCAGGCUGUCGCACCGUGCUGCGGCUACACCGCGCCUUGCGCUGGCUGCAGCUCUUCUUGGAAGGGCUGCGUACCAGCCCCGAGAACGCCCAUACCUCCACGCUCUGCACCGACUCCUACAAUGCCUCACUGGCUGCCUACCACCCCUGGGUCGUACGCCGGGCCGUCACCGUGGCCUUCUAUGCCCUGCCCACCCGCAAGGUCUUCCUGGAGGCCAUGAAGGUGGGGCCGCCCGAGCAGGCCAUAGCGAUGCUGGAUGAGGCGCUGCCCUUCCUCGAACGUGUUUAUGACAUCGUCCAGAAGCUCUAUGCAGAGCACGCACUGCUGGACCUCCCCUAG